ACCAGUCAUAAUUUGGAACAGAAAUUUGCUUCCAUUACAGCAGUUUUAAGUGGGAUUAGGUCUAACCAAACGAAACACAGCGAGGAGUAUGGGGCAAGCUUUGUAACUAACUUGGGGAUUUUACAGGUUGAGUAACUUGAACACCCAAGUCAGAACAAAACUUCAAAAGGCCCAGUGGGCAGUGGCAAUGUUUAGCGAAAGUUGUUCGCUCUUGACUGGAAAUCUCAACAACAAGAUCGUGUAAAUUACAGAAUGAUGUCACAGGCAUAUGCGGUUUUAAAUCAGAAGAUGAGUAGUUGUGAAACGGAAGCCUGUACUCUGAACACAGUCAAGGAUAUUUACAAUGCAUGGUCGCAGUCUGGUUCUGAGUUCAAAUAUGGUUACAGUGGAACACUUGACAAUAAAAUCAAAGAGGCUUUAAGUCUUGUUCACCCAGAAAUCACCAAAAGAUUUUACGGUUGCGGUGUUGCUGUUCCAGAAAAAUUACAGGGUCAAAAUGUUUUGGAUUUAGGAUGCGGUUCUGGGCGCGAAUCAUUUGUUAUCAGCUCACUGAUUGGUCCAAAUGGUCAUGUUACAGGGAUUGAUAUGACAGAAGAUUUGGUUAAGGUAGCAAACGAAUAUAUAGAUUAUCAUAAAGAGAAAUAUGGUAUAGAGAAAACGAACAUGGAGUUUAAACUUGGUUAUAUAGAAAAACUAGGAGAGAUAGGUAUUGGUGGAGAUUCGUGUGACGUCCUCGUAUCUAACGGGGUUAUUAACCUAACUCCAGAUAAGAAAGCCGUUUUAGCCGAAGCUUAUCGAGUUUUGAAGACUGGAGGUGAAUUGUAUUUUUCUGAUGUGUAUUGUUCAACCGAAUUAUCAGAUGACGUUCGUAAAAAUCAACAUCUAUGGGGUCAGUGUAUAGCGGGAACAUUGUGGUGGAAAAAGUUAUUUGAUAUGGCAAAAGAAAUUGGAUUCAGUGAACCGAGAUUGGUGGAGGUUGCUCCCGUUCCGAUUUGUAAUAAACAGUACAAAGAUUUGUUGGGUGACGCAAGGUUUUUAUCAGCCACAUAUAGGUUGUUUAAACUACCAGACAAGACUUCCACAUCUGCCAUACUGCAAUAUCAAGGUGAUAUACCCGGUUGUGAAAGUGCCUUCAGAUUGGAUGUUAGAAAUAUCUUUAAGAAAGGUGAAUUAAGACCAGUUGAUGGAACAGUCGCUACAAUAAUAACAACCAGUCGAUUUAAAGACAACUUUAAAAUCAUUCAAAAUCAGGUAAUAAACCCAUUUGAUUACUUGGAUGAACUGGAUGCGGGAGGAAACCGACCCGUUGAUGCCUACAGUGUGGAGUAAAAACAGAGUUAUCGCCCAUUUGUUUAAAAAAAAAAAAAAAUAAAACAA